UUUGCUUCCCACCCCAUAUACCCAAGUCUGGAUCUUUCUCCGUGGAGUCUCUCCUCUUCAACGCAUGCUCAAAUCCCUCUUCUUAAUUUUCGUCAUAAUCAUCAUCUAUUGAGAAUCGAGAUGCCUUCUUGGUGGGGAAAAAAAUCUCCUAAAAACAGAGUACUGCAUCCCGAACUGGAUGAAUCACAGCAAAAUCAUCAUACGAUCAAAUCGUCGGCCGGAAAUGAUACAAAUACAAGCAAAAAGAACGUCCCAAGCUUUAACGAGGUCUCCAAUACAGUAAUUUCGCCUAACUCGCGCAUUUCCCCUAGAAAUAGCAGAGAUUUCACAUCCACCGGCGCCGGAGGAAGAGUUAGCUCAGGUGGGUCUUCGGCCUUUUCCGGUUUCGAUUCAGAUAGGGCUCAUCCUCUUCCCCGACCGUCUAUUUCAUCGACUCCGUCCAUGACCACUGAUUAUAGUAGUACUGGAUUGAGAUCUGGUUCUGUCUCUGUUUCCAGCGUUAGCUCAUCUGGGUCUUCCGAGGAUGGUGGUAAUGGUAUUCACCUUGAUCAUGUCCAAUCUGGUGUUCAGAGCAGGAGACUUUAUGAUAUGAAGAUGAGCCCAAGAUCAGGUUCAAGAACAGCUACUGCCAAUACAUCUCCGAUUCAUCCGCGAUUUUCUGGGUCGAAUUUGGAUUCCCCAACAGGAAGAAUCGAGUGCCACCCACUUCCUCUUCCUCCUCCUCCAGGCUCUCCUACCAGACCUCCUUCCCCAUUAUCAAACACAAGAACAUCUCCAGUAAUCGAUACCAAUCAUCUAAAUUGUAUCUCUAAAUGGAAGAAAGGAAGGCUUUUAGGAAGAGGAACUUUUGGACAAGUUUAUCUUGGCUUUAACAGUGAGAGUGGUCAGAUGUGUGCAAUUAAAGAAGUGAAGGUUAUUUCUGAUGAUCACACUUCAAGAGAAUGUCUGAAGCAAUUGAACCAGGAGAUCAAUCUUCUAAAUCAGCUUUCUCAUCCGAAUAUAGUCCAAUACUAUGGAAGUGAACUGGGUGAAGAGACAUUGUCUGUUUAUCUGGAAUAUGUAUCUGGAGGUUCCAUUCAUAAACUACUCCAAGAAUAUGGUCCUUUUACAGAACCCGUUAUUCAAAGCUACACUAGACAGAUUCUAUCCGGACUUGCCUAUCUCCAUGGACGAAAUACUGUACAUAGGGAUAUCAAAGGGGCAAAUAUUUUGGUCGAUCCUAAUGGUGAAGUCAAGCUUGCAGACUUUGGAAUGGCCAAGCAUAUCACAGCAUGUUCAUCAAUGCUUUCUUUCAAAGGAAGUCCUUACUGGAUGGCACCUGAAGUUGUGAUGAAUAUGAAUGGUUACAGUCUUCCAGUAGAUAUUUGGAGCUUAGGAUGUACAAUUCUCGAAAUGGCUAGUUCUAAACCGCCUUGGAGCCAAUACGAAGGGGUGGCUGCUAUAUUUAAAAUUGGUAACAGUAAGGAUAUUCCUGAAAUACCCGAUCAUCUUUCGAGCGAAGCCAAGAGUUUCAUAAGCCUGUGUUUGCAACGAGAACCUUCAGCGCGGCCUUCAGCCUUGAAGCUCCUCGAACACCCUUUUGUCCGGGAUCAAGGAAGCCCUAGAUUUUAUUCUGAUGGAAAUCGAUCCCCGGCAACUAGUUCUAGACAAAGUGUGACAGUAAACUCGAGACCUAUACUGAGCUCAAGGGAAAUUGGAAGAACUAUAACUUCUUUACCUGUAUCUCCUUGUUCUAGUCCAUUGAGAGAUUAUGGAGCAGCAUACAAAAGCUGUUUUCUAUCGCCUACACAUCGGUCUUAUGCUUUUGUGGGACAAAAUGUAAAUAACGCGAGAGAUUAUCAUAGUAGACAACCGGGGAAAAUAUAUACUCCUGAACCGAGUUAUAAUAGAGAGAAUAAUCAGUUUAAAUUCCAAACAUCGAGCACAUUCCCUCAAUGAGACUAAUGAUCUCGCUUUGUGUAAAGUUUGAGAAGAGAAGAAUUGGGAAUGAAGAUGUUUUUGACAAAAAUUCCUUUUGUUCUCUCUUGUUGUAAAUGGACUAUUUGUUACAGCCUUGUUAAAUGUGGUUUAGUACUUC